CAGAUUUGGGGGCAGCAGCAGUAUUUAAUAAGUAUAUGCGUACGUACGCAAGGGAGGUGGUCAGGACAAAAACGUACAAUUUCGUACUUGUUCCCUCAUUUAGCCGUUUACUUUAUAUAUCUAUUGUAUGUUUAUUACUUUAUUUAAUUAGUUCAUUACUGCUCCCUUUUUUGAUUCAUUACGUACUUUGCAGUUCUUUGAUUUAGUUUUUUAUUAAUUAACUCAUUUAUUUUUUUGGCUGACUCUAUGGUUUUUUUUAUUUUUAGCUCUUCUUACGUUAUUUUAUGUCUUUUUACUUGCUUCUUUGUUUACUCGUUAAGAUUUGUUCGCUUAUUCGUUUGCAGGUUCGUUUGACUCUUUUUUCUGUAUUUUCUUUUUUUAUCUGUAUGUUUUUUCUUGAUUUGUAGCUGUACCAUUUGGUUAUAAAUUCACAUUAGUGCAAAAAAAUUUUUUUUAAGAUAUAACUAUGAAGAUAUUCUGUCUGCAAGUGUUUUUCUAUUGUUGGCUAUUUCCUACUGUUUUGGCUGCUAUAUCUAUUACACGAGAAGGCAGUGACCAAUUCACAAGGAUUCCUGGUUACACGUGUGAACAUUAUAACGCAUACUACAGUCCCAUUCCGAUAUCCAAAUGUUCUUGUAAUGGACAAGACUUUUACAGCGUUGACGCUAGUCAGGCCCCUUCGUGUCAUGAAGGAGGAGGAGAAGCCUUAGGCUGUCAUCUCACUUCAUUUACGCCUUUACUGACACUUGACGACAUUUCAGCAGAAUUGUGGCUACCGGGGUUAGGGCAAUGUUCUGGCACAAUAACCAUGAACUGGAAAAAAUGGAAUGGAAGGACGUGGAGCUAUGAAUCCAUAACUUCUUUUUACUAUGUGUACGCAGGAAGAAAUCUGAAAAUAAAGUGGAACUCAGGAGAUACGAGUCCUUUUGAUAAUUAUCAAGGAAGAAUUUAUAAACUUGAUAUAUCCUGUAAUGGUGUGUAUAAAGGAUGCUUUGUCGUGAAAGGAUGGGGGAUUUCAAAUUAUGAAAACGGACCAUCUCCACUUUUUGAUGUACAAGUUAAUCGACAAAAUACUGACGAAUUCCGCAAUAUUGGAAGUUACAGAUGUCAGGAUUUUAACGGUCAAAUAAGUUCUUAUGGAUGCUCAUGUAACGAAAAUGACUUUUAUAGUACUGGUACAGAUCAAGCAGCUUCGUGUUACUCUGGUGGCGGAAAAAGUUUAGGUUGUUAUCUCAGUUCAGCUACAGCUUUAAUGACUGGUGAUAGUACAGCUGCUUUAGUACUUAUGUCAUCAAAUAAUGGAUAUUGUUCGGGAACGAGAGGUACUAUUUGGACAAGAUGGAAUGGAAAAAGUUGGGUUGAUGAUCCCAGUAAUUCUCUCAACUACAAGUAUGAAAAUGGUCAUCUUAAAUUAGAGUGGAAGAGUCCCUUUGUCGGCAAGUAUGUUACAUUUCCCACGUAUUAUAAAGGGCAUAUUUAUAAAGUUGACUUAUCUUGCAAUGGCGUGAAUCGGGGAUGCUUUUUGAUUAAAGGACGGGGAAGUCACUCUUUUGACAUACUGUCUCCACCAGCUCCUUCUCCCCCACAACCACCAUCACCGUCACCGCAAGCUGAGCUUCAAAUACAAGUUAAACGACAAAACACUGAUGAAUUUAGGAACAUUGGACGUUACACUUGUCCCCAUUUUAAAGCACAAGGCAGUUCGUAUGGAUGCUCAUGUAACGGACAGGACUUUUACAGCACCCAUGGGUCUCCGUGGCCAUCAUGUCAUACCGGUGGAGGAAGAAAUCUAAGUUGCACUCUCAGUACAUCUACACCUCUUAUUACUUUGGAUUCUACAGCUGCUUCUGCAGUAAUGCCAUCAUCUGCUGGACAAUGUUACGGAACACGAAGUGUUACAAUACAAAAAUGGAGAGGACAAACAUGGGAAGGUUUCUAUGAAAGAGAUUUCAAAUAUGUUUAUUUAAACGGACGUCUUCAGCUACAGUGGGUAACUUAUACAAUACUCAACUCUAUUACAAGAGGUGCCAGAUUUCUUAAUUAUUAUUCCGGAAGGAUAUUCAAGAUCAAUCUCUUUUGCGAUGGACAUGAUCGUGGAUGUUUUCUAGUGAAGGGAACAGGAUCAUUUACAUAUGGAACUGACAAACCAACACCACCGCCACCGGCACCACCAACGCCACCCCCUUUUAAUGUCACACGAGAAGGAAGUGACCAUUUCUCUAAAUUGCCUGGUUACACAUGUGAGCAUUUUAACGCAUACUACAACAAUCCUAUAUCAGGAUGUUCUUGUAAUGGACAGGAUCUUUACAGUGUCAAUGGUACUCAAGCUGCUUCGUGUCAUUCAGGAGGAGGAGCAUCCUUAGGUUGUCACCUCACUACAUUUACACCAUUACUCACACUUGACGAUACUUCCGCUUUAUUGCAAAUUCCACCUUAUGCUGCCCAAUGCUAUGCUACAAGAAGUACUACGUGGAAAAAAUGGAAUGGAAGAACGUGGGAAGGUUUUCUUGGCAGCUCCUUUGACCUAGUCUACGAAGACAGUUUUCUGAAGCUAAAGUGGAAAGAAAGUUUUUAUAAAGCGCUGCAAUUUCAAUUGUAUUAUCAAGGAGAAAUAUUCAAAAUUGAUAUGUCAUGCGAUGGUGUUCCUAAAGGAUGCUUUGUCGUGAAAGGAUGGGGACAUUCAAACUAUAACAUUCGUCUCCCACCUAAACUACCAACGCCAACUCCACCACAAAAACCAGAUCUUGAUAUACAAGUUAGGCGACAAAGCAUUGACGAAUUUCAAGAGGUUACGAAUUAUUUUACAUGUACUCAUUAUAAUGCUAGAAGAGGUGGUUCUUUUGGAUGCGUGUGUAACGGACAGGACUUCUACAGUACUGACAGACACUCGGGACCUACGUGUCAUGCUGCUGGGGGAAUAGACAUAGGUUGCACUCUCAGCACAUAUACGUCUCUUAUUAACUUGGAUUCUACAGCUGCGACUGUUGUAAUGUCAUCCUCUGUCGGCCAGUGUGACGGUACACGAAGUGUUACGAUAACAAAUUGGAAAGGAAGAGAAUGGGAAGGUUUUUAUGAAAGAGAUUUUAAAUAUGUUUAUUCAAACGGACGCAUUCAGUUACAGUGGAAAAGCUAUGACACCGGCAUACUUUCAAGAAGAAAGCGAUAUAAUGAUUAUUAUUCUGGAAGAAUAUUUAAGAUCAAUAUUUAUUGCAAUGGGGUUGAUCGAGGAUGUUUUAUAGUGAAAGGAGCAGGAACCUUUACACAUGGAACAAACAACCCACCACCAACACCACCAUCAACACCACCAUCAACACCACCAUCAACACCACCAUCAACACCACCAUCAACACCACCAUCAACACCACCAUCAACACCACCAUCAACACCACCAUCAACACCACCAUCAACACCACCAUCAACACCACCAUCAACACCACCAUCAACACCACCAUCAACACCACCAUCAACACCACCAUCAACACCACCAUCAACACCACCAUCAACACCACCAUCAACACCACCAUCAACACCACCAUCAACACCACCAUCAACACCACCAUCAACACCACCAUCAACACCACCAUCAACACCACCAUCAACACCACCAUCAACACCACCAUCAACACCACCAUCAACACCACCAUCAACACCACCAUCAACACCACCAUCAACACCACCAUCAACACCACCAUCAACACCACCAUCAACACCACCAUCAACACCACCAUCAACACCACCAUCAACACCACCAUCAACACCACCAUCAACACCACCAUUUAGCGUCAUCCGAAAAGGAAGUGACCAAUUCUCUAAAAUGCCUGAUUACAUGUGUGAACAUUUUAAUGCAUAUUACAACAAUUCGACAUCAAAAUGUUCUUGUAAUGGACAGGAUUUUUACAGUGUUGAUGGCACUCAAGCUCCUUUCUGUCAUCCAGGAGGAGGACGGGAUUUAGGUUGUCACCUCACUACAUUUACACCAUUACUCACACUUGACGAUACUUCCGCUUUAUUGCAAAUUCCACCUUCUGCUGCCCAAUGCUAUGCUACAAGAAGUACUACGUGGAAAAAAUGGAAUGGAAGAACGUGGGAACGUUUUCUUGGCAGCUCCUUUGACCUAGUCUACGAAGACAGUUUUCUGAAGCUAAAGUGGAAAGUAAGUAUUCAUAAAACGCUGCAGUUUAAUGAGUAUUAUCAAGGAGAAUUAUUUAAAAUUGAUAUGUCAUGCAAUGGUGUGUUUAAAGGAUGCUUUGUCGUGAAAGGAUGGGGACCUUCAAACCAUCACAUCAAUCUUCCUCCUGUAUUACCAAGACCCAGCCCACCACCGGAUUCAGGUUUUGAGACAAUUGUUAAGCGAAAAACCAAUGACGAAUUUUACGAAUCUGGGGAUUACUUUGGUUGUGCCCGGUAUAAUGCCACACGUAUUUCCAAUGGGUGCUUAUGUAACGAACAGGACUUUUACAGUCCUGAUAGCGUUUCCGGUCCUGCAUGUCAUACUGGUGGUGGAAGAGAUUUAGGUUGUACUCUCACAACAUUUACACCACUCAUAACAUUGCAUGCUACAGCUGCUUCCGUAGCAAUGUCAUCCUUUACUGGCCAAUGUUUUGGUACAAGAAGUGUUACAAUUACAAAAUGGAAAGGAAAAAAGUGGGAAGAUUUUUAUGAAAGGGAUUUCAAAUACGAUUAUUCCAAUGGACGUCUUUAUUUACAGUGGAGAAGCUACAGCAUAACCGGUGUAAUUAAAAAAACCGUUCGAUAUAAUGGUUAUUAUUCUGGAAAUAUAUUCAAGAUCAAUCUCUUUUGCAACGGAAUUGGUCGUGGAUGUUUUUUAAUAAAAGGAGAAGGAUCAUUUAAAUAUACAACAAGCACGCCACCACCAUUACCAUCAACAACAACUACCACGACAACUACACCAACAAAAGUCUUACCUGGGUCUAACCAGGAGCAAAAUCAAAAGAACAAAGGGAGCUCGAACAUGAUGAUAUAUGUUGGCGCAGGAGCUGCUGGGUUUAUUAUUCUGAUCAUCUUCAUCGUUUUUAUAGUUUGUAUACGGUUCAGAAAGAACAGAACAAGACAUCCAAAACGCAAGAGCGAAGAUUUUUAUAAUUAUCACGGAACAUCUGUUCGCACGAAUGGAUCACGCUCUAUCACUGAACCAGAUCACUUUGACAGAAAAGGAGCUUCAAAGCAUGGGGUGGAUAAAUCUAAUCACAGAAACCAAUCUCGUUCUGCAAAGAAUGACGUUCGCCACGGAAAAAGAAGAAGUUCACAGCACACGACGGAUAGAUCUACUUAUGGGGGUAAACACUAUACUAGCAAGGAUCAAGACUUGUACCAGUGGAAAGCUGCUUCGAAAGAUGGAAUGGACCACAUAACAAGACAUCCAAAACGCAAGAACGAAGAUUUUUACAAUUAUCACGGAACAUCUGUUCGCACGAAUGGAUCACGCUCUAUCACUGAACCAGAUCACUUUGACAGAAAAGGAGCUUCAAAGCAUGGGGUGGAUAAAUCUAAUCACAUAAACCAAUCUCGUUCUGCAAAGGAUGACGUUCGCCACGGAAAAAGAAGAAGUUCAAAGCACACGACGGAUAGAUCUACUUAUGGGGGUAAACAGUAUACUAGCAAGGAUCAAGACUUGUACCAGUGGAAAGCUGCUUCGAAAGAUGGAAUGGACCACAUGUAUGCAAGCAUCAAUAAACCUGUCUACCAAGAAAUUGAUCCCAAAUACGCGCAGCCAUACAACAACCCACGUUACGAACAUGCAUACGCUUACGCCAAGUGAGGUUAUUAUCCAACAUGUGUUUGAUCGUGGUCCUGUAACAAUCAGUCACGAUUUAUAUAAUGUGUUCUUUCUUUGUAUUGUUUUUUAAUAUAUAUAUGACGAUAUAUACACAGUAGCGAUAAUUAUAUGUUCAGUAGCGACGAUAUAUACACAGUAGCGAUAAUUAUAUGUUCAGUAGCGACAAUAUAUACACAGUAGCGAUAAUUAUAUCUUCAGUAGCGACGAUAUAUACACAGUAGCGAUAAUUUUCUUUUUUUGUAUUAGUUAAGGUUGCAUUGUAUUAAUAUUUUUAUUGUUUCUAAUUUUUGUAUACUAUGUUACAACAAGAUUCUUCAAAAUGUGAUGACUGUUACUGACUAAGAAUUUUUAAUUUGACUCUAUGUUAUCGCUCAAGCUUUUUUGUAGAUAAAGCUAUUGUUUGAUUUGAUAAUUAAAAGCACGCUUCUUCUGUUAUAAGAAUAUGUUUUACAAGAAUAUCAGGCUGGGAAUUCACGUUAAGAACAAUAGAGAAAUAAGAAUAAUGACCAGUCUGUUUAGAAUUUUGAUGUUUUUAUAAAAAAGCGUGUACUCUUCCAUUAGGAAGAUUUAUUUUAUCGUAUCAUCAUGCAGGACUUUUGUGUUUUAUCAUAACAGCUUCCGUCAUCGAAAUUAAUGAAUAUUUAUUUUUAUAUACAUUUGAAAAUGUAUAUAAAAAUGCACACAUGUACACUUUUUUUUAAUUUAAAAAAAAAUGUCGCGAAUGUUUGUUGAUCUGUUUAUGUUCCCUUUGCUUCCCUCUGCUUACAAAUGUGCAGACAAGAUACAAAGUUUAAAAAAUAUUCCUGACUUUUGGAUGUGCAUAUCUAUUAUAAACAGAAUUGUAAUUUUUGUUUUUGCAAAAUAAUCUUCACGCCAA